AGUCGACGCCGCGCCGUCUGUUCGGAUUUUCGACCCUGGCUCCUCCAACUCUCGCUGAAGUCGUGUUUGGACCCGUGAUGGGCGUCGAGGGUGACAGUGCCAUGCUGUGCGUGUCGUUUGCGCGCCGCGAGUCAGUGCGGUGAGAAAGUUUUCGCGGAGUUUUGCGAUGUCUUCGAAAGUGGCGCCCGGCGCUGGUAGUUCAUCGCCAUUGCUGCUGCUGCUUCUGCUGUUUUGAGAAGAGCGAAAGCAUGGUUCGGCGACUGCCAGCGCAUGUGAGGGCGGCGCGGUUUGUGAGUCUCGGACUUUCGAUUAUCGCUUUCGGUGAUAAUUGAUCGUACCGAGCGGUGAAUCUAGCGUCGCCAAAUCGGCCCGUACCGCGCUCAACCUGUGUUGACAGAGCUCUGUUUACGCCCCAAAAAGUGCGUGCGCGCUCCCGCCUCGAGUAUGUUGUCGUCUGCGUCGUCGUCGGUAUCGUCUGCGUCGAAAGAGAACCAGCUCUUCCAGGCUGUACGCAAUGAGGAUAUUCCGGCGAUUCUGCGGACACUUUCUAAAAAGAAGGGCCUCAGGACGCCGAAAAGAAUUCUGACCGGCGAGCGGCGGACGCACGUCGACACGCGAGACAGCGAUGGCAUGUCGAGCCUGCACCAGGCGGCGCUGCAGUGCUCGGUGCCCGUGAUGCGACUGCUGCUCGACCUCGGUGCCACCGUGGACCUCAAGGACUCCAGGGGUAUGCGCCCUCUGCACUACGCCGCGUGGCAGGGCCAGGCCGAGCCCGUGGCGCUCCUGCUGGAGUACAACUCGUCCGUGAACGACGCCUCGAGUGCGGGGGACACGCCGCUCCACCUGGCGGCGCAGCACGGACACGUGCUCGUGAUCGAGAAGCUGCUGAGCUACCAUGCCAACCCACUGUUUCGAAACUGCGAGCACAAGACACCGCUGGACCUCGCCUGCGAGUUUGGCAGGCAAAAGGCGGUGGAGGUUCUGCUGCGCAACGCUAGGUGCCGCCAGCUGCUGUACGAGAGCAGGCAGGACACGCUGGACAACGAGCGCACCACGUGCCUCCACCUGGCGGCCAGGAACGGACACACCAGCGUGCUCAGGUGCCUCCUGGCGGCCGGCGCCGACAUCAACCGGUCGACGCUGCGCGGCACGGCCCUUCACGAGGCGGCCAUGCACGGCAAGCUGGAGGCCGUGCGCCUGCUGCUGCAGAGCGGCAUCGAUGUGAACAAGCCCAACUCGUCGGAGCAGACCGCGCUGGACCUGGUGCGCACGUUCUCCAGCUCCAAGGCCGCCAGGGACCUCAAGGUGCUGCUCAGAGAGAUGCUCCAAGCCCUGCCAGCCCGGGCCAUUCGGGACCACUACGACCCUAACGACAGCGAGUGCCUUAUCCUGCGCGAAGGCGACAUGGUCACGGUUCUGGAGCAGUGCGAGAGCGGCCGCUGGAAGGGCAUCGUGUUCGGCCCGGGCCACAGCUCGCGCGCCGGAUACUUCCCGGCCACUGCGGUGCAGCUGCUGCACAGGCAGGUGGGUGGCCUGCAGCGCAAUGGGACCCUGCGGUCGAGCACCAUCAAGAAGGUGGCGCCGCCGGUGGUGCCGGACACCAGCGGUGGCUCGGCGUCGCCGGCCGCCCCCACCGGCAGGCGCCACUCGUCGUCCUCCACCUGCACCACCCCCGUGCACCAGCUGCACUCGCCACCGGUGUACGGCUCCUCCGAGCAGCCGCCACCGUCGCCCACCGCCUAUGACGGCGCCGACCAGAAGACGUUUUCCCCGGCCGAAGUGUUUUCGGAAGCUCAGAUGGCCCCGUUGUCGAGACCCCAGAGCCAUCCGGGAACUCCUGUCGGCACGACGCCACUGCCCCCCGGACUCCCACCUUCCGGCGGCGGCAAUGGCAACCGGGGCGUGUGCUACAUCGGCGCGGCCGGUUCGCUGGACGACACCGGCGUGACCAGCGUGACGGGCUGCAGCGGCAACCCCGGCCGGGACAGCCCGAGCGGAGGAAGCGUCGAGUCGCGACACAGCAGUUCCAGCCUGGACUCCGGCCGGGGGUCUUCGUCCAGCUCGUCCGCCGACUCCAAGGUGGCGCACCGGCUGUCCACGGGUAGCCACGGCUCGUCGAGCAGCCUGACGCUGACGAGCAGCGUGGGUAGCCACAUGAGUAGCCUCACCCCGGAGGUGGUCGUGCUCUCGCCCCUCAACGUGGCCGGUCUGCUCGUCAACGGAGUCUCGGACACUGAGGUGCUUACGACGUGGCUGAAGAACCUUCACUUCGAAGAGUACACGCACCUGUUCCUGCAGGCAGGCUACGACAUGCCUACCAUAUCACGGAUGACCCCAGAGGACCUGACAGCCAUUGGCAUCACAAAGCCAGCGCAUCGGCGGAAGCUCAAGUCGGAGAUCAGCAACCUCAAUAUUUCGGAUGGGAUUCCAGACUACAAACCGGACAAUCUUCUCACGUGGCUGAAACUCCUGAGGCUUGAGCAGUACUACGGUUCGCUGUGUCAGCAGGGCUAUGCCACCGUUGACAGGGUGGCUGAUCUCACCUGGGAAGACCUUGAGGAUAUUGGCAUUCAAAAGCUAGGUCACCAGAAGAAGCUGAUGCUAGCCAUCAAGAAGGUGCGCGACCUCAACAGCGGUUCGCGGCAGGCGAUGCAUUAUGGGGACGCACGGCACUCGAGCGUCGACAUGGGCCAGCUGCUGGCAGCCAGGCCCGGCUCACACGUUCCGGUACCGAUGGGCCACCCAUACCAGGCCGUGCCAAGCGUGAAUCAGCCGCCGUGCGAGAUCGCGCCCCCGCAUGCCAACGCGGUGCCGCCGCUGCGGUCGGACACGGACCCGAGCACGCCUCAACUGAGGACGUUCAGGCAGCAGUCUCCUCCGCGGAUGGGCGGCAACUUCUACCGUGCGGGCAGCGGGGACAGCCUCAUCCUGCAGCAGCAGCACUUCAGCGGGCACUCCUUCCACCAGCCGCCCAUGCAGGGAGCCGACCUGUACCAGCACGACUUCGUGUCGAUGCAGGUUCGUUCGCCCAACCGGGGCCGUUCCCUCGAAAGUUUAGAGGACGGUGGCCCUGCGUACCAGAGUCACUCGUCAGCACCAUAUCAGCCGCAGUACCAGGGGUACCACCACAACCCACCGCCUUACCAUGCCCCUCAGUCAGACUGGUACCAUAUGGUCAGCAGUUGGCGGCAGCACGGCUACGACACUGACUCCGAAGUGGUCCGACAGGUGUCUCAUGGCUACGACUACGGCUACGAACCGGAUGGAACGGCCACCCUGCACCGGCCACGAGGACUAGUGAAACCCCGGCCGGUGGCCAAGGUGGCAGCAAGGGCGCUGCUGGACAGCCCAGAACUAGACUAUGAUCCCAAGGACCUUGACCCCAAGCUGUCCUCUGAUUGGCCAGACACAGGUGGUGGGGCCAAGCGUAGCCCCGCCCCGACCCCACCCAAGCGUACCAACUCCAUCCGGAGGCAGCAGGAGGUCAACAUAGCUGAGACGGCAUUUGCCACCUGCGUACAGAGCCUCACGUCCAGGUUCACCAUGGCGACAACGCGUGACGAACCACCGCUCCCUCCACCACCCCCGCCAGCAACGUCAGCGAGCAGUGUGGCGGACGAGGCUCUGCAGGCGCCACUGCCGCCCCCUCCAGCUAUGUCGACCCCCAACUCGGCCUCCUCGUCAGAUGGCGAGCUCUCGCCCAGCGGCACCCUGGUCCGCCGGAAGGACUCCAACGGGUCCAGCGUCUCGUCGGAGUCCCUCCCGUUCGCCUGCGAGAACGUGGGCACCAUCAAGCAGAGGCCAGGAGAAGGCGUGCCCCCGCCCUUGCCACAGCACGGCACGUCUUCCACGCCUGCAAGUCCGUCUCCCACUUCCGGCACAGAGGAUGGAUUGGACAAGCCACCUCACCGCACCAGCCCACCAACGACAACAACAGAGGUCCGGAGUCCCCCAGAAGAAGUUCCUGUUAGAGAUGUGCCCAGGAGCUCGCCCCCUUCAUCACGCGAAAAAGCUACAGCACAAAAACCCACCGUCCCCCCUCGCCCCGUAGACAAACUGUCCCUGACGGCGGGUGGUCGCCUGAUGGCGCCAGCACCGUCGCCGUCCUCUUCGGGAGACGUGAUUCACGACAUUGAGCACAUGCUGGCCAGCUUGACCGACCAGUUGGAUGCAAUGCUGGAGAGCGAACUCAACCCCUGAGCUUUUUUUCCUUCUUUCCCGACACUUCAUUUCUGCCUUUUUCCUUUUAAAGAAGCUUUUCCGCUGCACGUUGCUCUUUUUACCUUACCCUUCCUGGUCGUACUGCAUUCUCGAUUGGUCACUUGCAGUUGUACUUCAAAUCUUGUGUGAUGUAGCGCUCAAUGCUAGUCGUUACACAAUGUGCAUUUGCUGAAAUUCUGUCAGUCCUGCUCUCUAUUCUGUGAGUGCAGAACUUGAUGACAUUGCAGUUGAAGGAAAUGCAGGCAAUGUGGUUAAACACAAGGAUCAUCACCUGGGGACGUACUUAUUGCCGAUAAUUUUUAUUCCAUCUAAACGAACCAAUCGAUGAAUUCCUUUGCUGCAUCUACAUAUUAUUAUUAUUAUUAUUAUUAUUAUUAUUAUUUUGCUUUUGUUAGCAAGGUUGCAAGUGAUCAGUCAAGAAUAGACCACACCCAUUCUGCCCUUCUAGUAACUGGAAUGCCAUUCGCUACAAUGUUUUCAACUUGAUUGCAUUAUGCCAGGCAUUCUUUUACUUCUCUUUAUUUCUCCUUCUCUUUUUGUUCUGUCUGCUGUUCACCCAUCUUGUCACUGAAGCUGCUGUCUUCCCCGACAGCUCUGUUCAUGUCUCAUUAGCCUUCCCCCUGCUUUUGAGUGGCACAUAUCCUGCCCAUUGGUCACUCUUUCACUUCUACUGCGUACGCUUUCUCACCACCGACAUCACAUACUCUGGUUCUUUCUAUUAUCCUGGGUUUUGUGAGCAGCCUGCAUCUAACGGAACGUGGCGACGCACACUCCCCCGGCCACCGAUGCGUCCUGGUCGGCGAGGAUGAGAAGAAAAAAAGUGACGUCGCCACGACGACAGCCGGACUACGAACGGUCAAGCAAACCAGUUGUGAACGCGAACUGCGCAUUCUCUUCCGACCUCCGCGUAGAUUGUCACUGUUCCCCAACUCCUCUUCCGCAACACUUCCACCCGCCUCCCCCAUUGACUGCCAAAGUGCACAAAAUGUGUCUGUGACGUUGACGAACAGACUCCUCUGCCGUGACGCGCUGUGCCAGCUCUUCCGCACCUGCAAAGCGGCACAUCGUGGCAGUGGAUCUCUCCCCGGUGCAACAGCCGGUGACAAUGGAAGCACUCCGUGUCAUCUUUCUGGAAGAGUGACUUUGUUGUCAGUAGGACUAUUAAAGCACCUGUGCCUGAAUCGACCGUGGCAUUGUGUGACGCCCGUUGUGCGAACCCUGUGUUGGCUGUGUUGUUUUGCUUGCGUGACCCCAUCUCGGGGAGACUUUUCUUUCUUUGUGUAAGCAUCUGUGCUAAAAACUGGCUGCUUUGCGUGGACCCACGUUGUUGUUCUAAAUGAUUCGCAUGCGACUCCUCUGAGCAGAGUUCGUUGUUAGUGCUGACUGGUGGUGCUCAGUUUUGAAUGUUGUAAUCAUUUGCACUCACUGUGUUUAUAUGCUUGGCGUUUGAUUUUCUGGCACCAUGAAUUCAAUCGUAAAUUUGUAAGUAAAUUGUGGGAAGCACACACAAAAGAAAGUUCGGGUCUGGAAUAUGUUUUAAUGCAUUAUGACGUAAGCUCAAGCACGUGUCAGAGCUUUAAAUGAGUGUGUACAUGAUUGGGAUGACCCAUGUAAAGUGAAUCAUUGCUUGAGCUGUUCUUUUAUAGACCGUUUAAAGACCACAUUAGCUUUGGUCAAUGGGCACCACUGCAUUCAAGGUUACUGGCACACCAACAUAAACAUUGCCUGGUUGUUUUUCGUGGUGGUGCUAUGUUAAUGCACUUGUUCAUCAGACGUGUUUGUGCAACACUCUUGCUGUUUAGAAUUGGCCUUUACACUGUGCAAUGGUCAGGAUCAUCAUAAAGCUUCCACUUGACAGCUGGCGGUAUCGAGAACUAUCAGCGAAGUAUCUCUUGCAGACUCACAAGAGUUGUAAAAUCAUGGUAAAGCAAGUUUGUACACGUUAUACACAAGUGUGCUCUUUCCUUGAAAAAUUUCCAUUACACUCCUAAGCGCAGUAUAAGAAAGAAAUGUGGAUAAAUUAAAAGCUCCAGUGGUGAGCUAUUGUAGCAGCUUGCUAGCAAGAUGCUAGAACGUUCACAGUGUAAAGUCCACUUCAACCUAUCCGUUCGGGCGUGUCCAGAAUCGCACACUAGCUACAAGGCUUGACAAUGCACACAUAUUCUACAGAGCAAGUGGUCAAGCUACUGACAAGAGGGCACAGCGAAGCGUCUGUACGCAAUAUAAAUCCCGCCUACGUCUUUUCCGGCCUCUAUCUCUCUCUGUGAAGGUGGAAAGUAGACACGAUUGCGAUCACGCUGCUUCAUGGUGUGAAUGUUCUGUCUGUUAGCAACAUCAGGGCAGCGUGACGUCCUGGCAGUUUGUAGCAGACGUCGUACAGUCUCGUGUACAUACGUCCUAGGAGAGGCGCUGCCUACAAUAACCACAGUCCCCCCGAAUCAAAGUUUCGAAGGGCCCCCUGCGGCCGCUCGAGAGAAAGUACAAGUUCCUUUUCUGUUCUCUUGAUGCCUCCUUGGGUCUGUACGGUUGUACUCGUGGGGAUGGAGUGUAGCGAUGGUGAUGCCGUUUUGAAUGCACGGCAGGCCAUCGCUGUGGUGUGUCUAGGAGCAGCCAUGUUGUGCAGAUUACUUGUGAACUCUUAGAGGCUUGCGUCGUCAAAAAGUGGUCUUGCGAGUUAUAGCCUGACGGUGCUGCAACAUAACCUCGUAAAACGUUUGCAGGCCGUGUAAUCAGAGAAAAAGUUUAAUUUCCACGAAACUUUGACACUUGCUGCUUGUGUUCAGUAUGUCAUGCAAACCAAUACGUUUGUUUACCAAACAUUGUCAAUAAUGGAACCUUGUUUGAAGGAAGUCACAUCCGACAUUAAAAUACCUUCCUUAUAUGCUAUAUUUAUUAUAAGCAUAUGUAUAGUCAUCACACGCUAAUAUCAGUGAAAGAAUUUCACAUUUGCUUAGUUGUAUCCAGUAAUUAGUUAUAUUCAUGCAAUGCCUCCUUUACUAGAUGCCUGCCCCGUCGCUAGUUUUCCCAUUAGAGCGGAGGUUUGUGUAGUUCGGGGUAGUCGCGGAGAGACGGCACUCGCUGCCGACCCUACUUCCUGUUGCGGAGGAAGUGACAAUUACUAGGCUGGCGUGCGCUCGACCAAUGGCUUGACGAGCGACCACAGGUCCUGUCUCCGGGAUCGCAACAGACGCCGCUAAAAUCUCGGAGGCAGGAGAACGUGAUUGAAGUUUGGAGCAGCCGCCGCAACUAGCGCUCGCAGCCGACCCGGGUGGAGAAGAGGAAAGAGGAGAGAGGCCGGAACCAAUUACUCAGCUCAAGCGGCAGGCAUCUAGUAAAGGAGGCAUUGACUCAUGUUAUAUUGAGGUUAGACUGUACUGCUUGUAAAGUCUAAAGUGCAGAAGAUAUUUACACACUUAUUGCGUUAAUCUUGCAAGGAAGAAAAUACGGCCAGUUAUGUUCCAUUUUGUGCCAGUGGUGGCUUGAAAAAAAGUGCUAUAUCAAGUAGAUUAUUUCCCGGGCGUAGACCUCUUCUAACCUCGUAGUGCAUGCGCAACAUGCAUAAAUUGCGGUGCAGAUUUCAAUUGUUAUACGGCAAAAGUGGUGUUUUUAAUUUUGUUGAGCUCUCAAAUGACUGGAAUUGAUUUUCCAGUGCCUGUUUGUUGUGGCUCUGGGACAGCAACAUGUUACUAAAUGAUACAAGAAUGUAAUUGUUUUGAUGGACGUUAACACAAUGAGAAAUACUGUUUUUCAGUAUGUAGUGAGCACCUGGCGUCGUAGUCCAUGAUGCUGAAUUUCAACGUGAGGGAAGAAAAAAUGAGAAACUUGAGUUUGUGGCAGUGAUAACAUGUGACUUAGGCAGCUUUAUACUAUAACAAAAAGCCAAGGAAAACUUCUAAAAUAACCACACAAAUGCUAAAAUUGGUUGAUGACUGGCCGGUAUCGGUGGGCAAUGUUGCCUACCACUGUGACAACGGUGUGUGGAAGAUAUUUACACAUAAUGAGGUGUAGAUAUUGAGCCAUCAUUCGUAAUCUGCAUAGCAGCUGCUGUCUACGAUUCUCCACAGCAAUUCUGCCGAUUCUUGGUAUCCGUUGUCGGCUACGGAAAUGUCUUUACUUACGAAGUAUAUGGUUGUUUUGCUAUGUCUUUUUUUUUUUUUUACUGCCUUUUGUUCCACAGCUGGUCAGUGGAAAAUGAAAAAGAAAAAAGGGUUGAGAGGGUUGGCUUCUUGUUGUGUGAGACAUUUAUAAAGAGUGCUUGGGGCCGUCAAACUUUGGCGCUCACUUGCAUUUCGAGUUUGCUUUUUGCUUAAUGCCACAGUGUUCUCUUUUUUUCUUUUGUCAGGUGGUAAACGCAUGACAGUAUCAAUUAUUUUCAGAAUGAGUGGGUAUUACGCCUGUGUGUGAACUUGUUGUCGCUUUGGUGAUGUUUGUUCCGUAUGCGGCCUUUUUAUUCAUCCACGCUUCUGUCAUAUGAACAAAAAUGUUCACACAAGAUGUGCAUAUAGAUUUAGUCCGUUAAAUUUCCUCGCGUGGCUGUGGUUGCCCCUAAACUUCCAAGGCAGUCCAGAAUGAAUGGUACAUUGUUAGGUUAUCGCGCUCACUUUCUUUUAUUCUUUUUUUCGCUUGUUGGGUAUACAUGCUCGAUUUAUCCUAUUCUGUAUCUAUUUUGUGAGCUGGUUGUGUACAUGUCAUGUUCACCUGCAAACAUGCUGUGAACAUUACAUGAUCUACGCGUGUCCUGUAAGCAGGUGCUGUUCUAUAACUAUAAUGUCUUCAUUCUCCUGUUCUUUUUUUUUUUUUUCAUUUUGAAGCAGGUCAAGCAUUCUGUGGGUGAUAGUUCCUUUUGAGACUGAAAUUGUUUUAGGCAAAUCGUUGCCUACGGCAACGAAAACCUGCCUGCAUAAACUGAAUGCUUUGUUUCUGAAAGUACCACAAUGUAGUUAAUUUCAGUCUGAAGACAUAUUUGUUUGUAUAUCUGCCUUUGGUUUGGAUAGAAAUGCCUUAUUUUAAAAUUUCGUUUCGUGGCUACUGUUAAAAUUGACAUUCAGCCAGUAGGUGGUAGAAGCACAGCUGUCGGUACUUUGAUCGGCAAAGUGUUGUGACGACUCGUUUUUCACUGGGUCUGGAGUUGUCAUCAAAGUGGGUAGGCGGUUUUUCUGUGUUCUUGUCAAUCCACAGAUGGCCGUGCAAACACCCUUUGCUGAAGACACCAUUUUCCUAGUGAUAGCGCAGGAGUUGAGAGUUUGAACAUGCACAUCAUAGAGGAAAAAAAAAGAAAAGCUUGCACCACCACGACACCACAUGUAUUCGUUUCAUUGAUUGAAGUGGCUUUUAUGAAUCUUAAUCGCUCCCAUUUCCCUCGACGAUGCCCCUGUGUCAAGGCUCAGGAAGGCAAUAUAAAGUAUAUAGACUUUGUUGUCCGCAGCAGCUGACAAUCUAGCAUUCAUAGUAUUUGAAGGCUAAAAUCCCCCUGAAAGAAUUGAAAAAGAAACAAGAUGCUGGUUUUAGAGCACACUUUCAUAGACUCCUUAUCAUGCAUAAAUGCCACCGAGACAAGAAAAUCUAUUGAAUACCAGCAAAUUCUACUGUUUUCUCUCGUUCAAAAUGCACACCUUAAAUACCUGGCGUUUGAAACUGCCAAGCAGGCGGGACUGCCUAUUUCAAAUUAACAUAUCUGAUUGCAGGUAGUCAUAGAUUUCAUAGUAACUGUUUUGAUGUGCUAAAGCAGUUGCAUGAUAAGAUUAGAUAUUGAUGUCUUAGGGAGAGGAGCGUGUGUGGCACACAUCAUACCGAGCUGCUGCAAUGUACAGUGCAACAUUUUACACUUUAUUCUGUUAGCCUUAAAAGCUGAAGGCAUGUUAAAACAUAUCGCCUUCUUCAAAGUCUGUGGGACAUCCUUUACAGUUUUUUUUUUUUUUUUUUUUUAUACAUAGGCUUGUGCCUAGCCUACUUAGUGGCUGGACACCGUUACGAAAACAGGUGUGUCUCAUUUUAAAACCAGCAUCGUUCUUCUCAUGAGAGAUAGUCAUAGCCAGCAGAGUUUUCAGAUCAUAGUGCCAAAAGAUAACCACCUCCACUAAUUGCAGAAAAAAAAAAGGUCAUUUGGGAAUCAUGGCUCUACGUUUUUGUUCACUCAUGAGAACCAUUUCACUGAACGCUCUUCUCCGGAUGCUUGCGUCAUUCAUUGAGCUAAUGAUGUGUUCUUGUUUGAACCACGCUCACCUUUGGGCUGUGAGCGUGGGAAGAAAAAAAUGUUGAAGCAAGUUUGGUGUUGUUUUAUGGUCGUAGACCAAAAAGGGUGUAAAGAAAUGAAGAGGAAGGUGAAAAAGGUUUUUUUUUUUCCCCACUCUGCAGCGUUUAGAUAAUCGAUGUGUCAUAGACGAUUAACUAUUUUUAGAGACCUCGGAGCCACAGAGGGUUGAUGAUGCUGGCCUGAGCUAAGAGAGCAUAGCGUCUUGUCUCAAUGCCUGAAGUGUUCUGUACUUUUUUUUCCACCUGUGUCCUUUACUGGCAAUUCUUUUGUCCCCCUUUUGAAAAUAAAAGCAGAGUUCUGAGGACAGAAAAAGAAAAA